AUGAUUUUAGCACAAAAGUAUUUCAAAAAUAUCACAAGGGGAAGCAAUCUCUUGUUUAAAAGACUUGCUUCGACUCAAGCUACGACACCCUCUUAUAAAGUUGUUGUUAUCGGUGGUGGAACUGGUGGUUUAGCAGUAUCAUCAACCAUAUCUCAAGUGCUUGGUAAAAGUUCUGUAGCAAUUAUUGAACCUUCAAGCUAUCAACCUUUAUGGACAUUCGUGGGUGCUGGAUUAAAAAAUUUUGAAGAGUCCGCCAAGCUUACUGAAGAGUUAAUUCCUGAAAAUGCGGAUUGGAUUAAAAAUAAAGCUGCAAAAGUUGACCCAGAAAAUAAUACUGUCGUAUUACAAGAUGGUCAGCAGGUGAAAUAUGACUAUUUAGUUGUAGCUACAGGUAUUCAAGUUAAUUGGGACAAGAUUAAAGGUCUUCCAGAAAGUAUUGGCAAGCCAAACAGUAACGUUACUAGUAUUUACUCUGACAAUACUGUUAAGUCGACAUGGGAUUUAAUCAAGAAUUUCAGUGGUGGAAAUGCAAUUUUCACGAUGCCUACUUACCUUGCCGAAGAUCGGUUUACAAAGAAUUUUGUGCGAAACCGAACCAAAGUUAUUUAUAAUACUGCAAUGGCCAAGAUAUUUAGUGUGGAAAAAUAUGCCAAUAGUUUAAAUCGUAUUGCUAAAGAACGUGAUAUUCAAGUUAACCUUAAAACUGAACUAACUGAAAUACAUAGUGAAAAAAACGAAGCGGUGUUCAAAGACCUAAAUACUGGUGAAUCCAAAGUUUACAAUUAUAAUUUAUUACAUGUAGUUCCACCAAUGGGUCCUCCUUCAUUUAUCGCUGAAUCAAAAAUUGGGAACGCCGCCGGAUGGGUAGAUGUUGAUCAAUAUACUUUACAACAUGUGAAAUAUCCAAACAUUUUUUCACUUGGAGACUCUAGUUCUGCGCCAACUUCAAAAACUGCAGCAGCAAUAUCCAGUCAGUCUGGUGUAUUGAAAAAGAAUUUAUUAGAUGUGAUUAAUGGAACAUUUAAUCCUUCCCUUGCGGCGAAAUAUGAUGGAUAUGCGAGUUGCCCCUUACUUGUUGGAAAAGAUAAAUUGGUUUUAGCAGAAUUUAGUGGAUAUACUUUGGAGCCAAUGGAGACUUUUCCUUUUGAUCAAAGUGUGGAACGAAAAUCAAUGUAUUAUCUCACCAAAGAAAUUAUUCCUGAAAUUUACUGGUCUAGACUUCUGAAAGGAACUUGGACUGGUCCUCAUGGUGUUCGACAGUUGUUAUCAUAUAUGCCAUAA